AUGGUCAACAACAGAGUGUAUACCAAUGGUAACUCUCAUCAUGAUGGCAAUGCUGAUGAUGAACCUUUACGAAUACUGCUAUUUUCCGAAAGUUUUCCAUCGUUUACAAGCGGUGUCGUACGUCGAUUUAAAGAAAUCGUAAGACGCCUAGUUAAAAGACGACAUCAUAUUCAUAUUAUUACCGGUUGCAAUAAUGCUGUUUCGUGGACUGAAGGAAAUGAAUUACUUGAAAAAUAUGUAACAUUUACCAUAUUGCCAUCGACAGAGUUUACAAAUAAAAUUGAUUGCGCUUGUCCAUUUCUUUUCCCUAAUCCGAUACUUUACUCAGUAAUUCGUCGAAUAUCGCCUGAUGUUAUUCAUAUUAUUGAACAAACGCCAGCCGCACUUCUGUGUGGUGCCUUUGCAAAAGCACUCGAGAUUCCUAUAGUUUGGUCAUCACAUACAAAUAUAGACUUUUAUUUAUCAACAUACAUUCGUCCAUUUGCUGUCACAAUGACAAGACGUAUCUAUCAAUUUAUACGCUUACAACAUUUAUGUUUUUCUUCAAUAAAUCUAACUGUGAGUAAAGAUUUUGCUGAUUUUAUGGAACAAACCGGUAUACCGAAACCUGUUAUUGUUUGGAAAACAGGUGUUGACUCAGAUUUAUUUAAUCCAUCGCGAUAUUCAUCGGAAAUGCGCUAUCGUAUGUUUGGUACGUAUAAUAAUUAUACAAAAGAACAAAUGGAUACAAUUACAUUAUUUCUUUGCGUUGGUCGAAUAUCUCCGGAGAAAAAUUUUGAGUUUUUGUCUCUCGUAUUAGAACGUAUUCCAAGUCAAACAUUUCUAUGUAUUAUCGGUGAUGGUCCAUAUCGUCAGACACUCGAACCGAGAUUUCCUAAGGAUCGCGUUCAUUUUUUUGGUUUUCUCGGCGGCGAUGAAUUAGCAAGUGCAUAUGCAAGUGCCGAUUAUUUUAUAUAUGCAUCAGUUAGUGAAACAUUCGGACAAGUCUAUUUAGAAGCCAUGGCUUGUGGUACGCCGGUCAUAGCUGCUGAAGGUGGACAGUUAAAAGAAUUUUUUGUUAAUGGCGAACACGGUUACUUAUGGGAGCCUGAUGAUUUAGAUUCAGCUGAAGAAGCUGUACGUGAAGCAAUGAAAGAUCGAAAAUAUCUGUCCACGAAAGCAAGAACACAAGCAUUAAAACAUUCGUGGGAAGCAGCUAGUGAUCAAAUAAAUAGUAUUUAUCACGAUGCUAUUAGAAACCAUAAAGAGCAAGAAAGUAAUAAAAAGACGAGUAAAUUAAAACAUAUAUGGCAUUUAGCUUACUAUUUUUUUAUAUGGUUAAUUUGUAAUUUAUGUGCACUAUUUUUCAUGGCGCCGUUUAUUCGAGUUUCGCCACCGCAAUCUGUUACAACAAAAAAGAUUAAUAAACUCAAUGGAAAUUCUGUUGAAGAACAACACAAUUCUUUAAUGACAAAAAAGUCGUCGGUUUCUUAA